AUGGCUGGAAAUUGGGGUACAGUUCUUGAGAUGCUUCCAAACAUGCAUAUUUCGUCUUCACUUAAGUAUGAAACGUAUCAGCAGACAAUUCUAGAGCUCAUCCAUGUUAAAGAGUACGGUGUCGCCAACUCGCUCUUGAAGUACAUAAAGGGCGCAUUGAAGCUAAAAAUUGAUUCUCAGCUUCAUUGGAUUGAAUCGCUUAUUUCAACUCCAUCUACACUCAUCACCACUGAAGAGCUCGCCGAAAGGCGAGAAAGGCUCGUUUCAAAAUAUGAAAAGGAAAUGCUUCCUGCUACGCCUGCUGCCUCUCUUUUAGAGGCUAUCGGUGAUUCAUUGCGAUACAAAUUCUUGCUCUCUCAAAGGCUCAAGACCCCGUCUCUCCCUUCUCUUCCAGCUCACAUUGGAUCUCAUAAAUUUGAUUUGGAUUAUCGUGUUGAGUCUGCUGCUUUUUCAAAUGAUGGCUUGUGCUUGUUUCUUGGCACCAAGGAUGGCUUUAUCGAGGCUUGGGAUCCAUUUUUGAUGAAGCCAAACCAAACGGGCUCACCGAUGAUCUUGAAAGAUUCGUAUGCCCUAUCUAUGGUUUUUCAUCCAAUUUCUUCAUAUAUUUUUGCUGCUGGGAGCAGCAAUGGCGAGAUAUCCGUAGGGCCAUACCGACUUAUGUUAGAUUUGGAAUUUAUCGACAAAUAUGCCAACUUUGAUCUUCAAGGUGUCUGA